AUCUUCUGCAGAAGUACAGCUGCCCACUAGUGUGAGGCCCAAGUCCCUGCCUUGGCCCAGGAUGUCUCGAGAAUUGAAGGAAGGCACAGCCCUGGACGGCCAAUCUGCAGAGAACCAGAUUGGGCUUCUGGUCGUAAAGGUGGAAGAGGAAGAGGCCUCUGCCAUGGUGGGGGAGGCCAACCCUGUGCAGUGUUCAGAAAACUCCCGCUGGUGCUUCCGGGGCUUCCGCUACCCCGAGGCCGAGGGGCCCCGCGAGGCGCUGAGCCGGCUGCGGGAGCUCUGCCGACGCUGGCUGCGGCCCGAGACGCACAGCAAGGAGCAGAUCGUGGAGCUGCUGGUGCUGGAGCAGUUCCUGACCAUCCUGCCCGAGGAGCUGCAGGCCCGGGUGCGGGAGCAGCAGCCGGAGAGCGGGGACGAGGUGGUGGUGCUCCUGGAGUAUUUGCAGAGGCAUCUGGAGGAGCCAGGGCCGCAGGUCCUCGGUGGUGACCAGACGCAGCUGCUCUGUUGCAAGAUGGCGGUGCUGACACCAGCUCAGAGGCCCUAGAGUACCGAGUUGCAGCCAAAGAAGGUCUGCUCAAGCGCGAAUCUCUGGGAUCCCAGGCCUCAGCAGACAGAGGGCUUGCUGAAGACGGAAGCCGUGGCCCUGGCUUCCUCCCUUGCGUGGACACAGCUGGAUUCAUCUUGGAGGAGCUUCCACGGAGAGGAAAGGCAGGAGAACUGUGGCGGCCUGACUCCCCUGGGUAAGACAUGGGUGCUGGUCUCUGCUAGGGUCUCGUGGCUCCCCUUGUCGGUCAGAAGCUGCUGGGCUGCGAGAAGCUGUCUGAGCUGU